AUGGCGGGGAAAACGACGACGUACCGCAUAGGAUACGCGCUCGCACCAAAGAAAAUCCAGAGCUUCAUUCAGCCAUCUCUCGUCAAUCUCGCCGAGGAACGAGGAAUUGAACUAAUCCCUAUCCAGCCCACGAAACCCUUGAUCGACCAGCUCCCCUUCGAUUGUCUCAUCCACAAAUUGUCCGAUCCAGAAUGGAUCAAUCAACUCCGGCAAUUCGUUUCACAACACCCAGAUAUCGUCGUUAUCGACAAUCCCGACGCAAUCGACCGCAUCCACAAUCGAAUCACCAUGCUCGAAUUCUUCAACGAGCUGAAUAUCGCUCACGAAGUUUCACUCGGGGUUCCGAAGCAGGUGUUUGUGGAAAGUCCCGAAUCGCUGUUCGACAGCGUUGCGGUGAAGGGAAUCAAGUUUCCCGUGAUUGCGAAGCCUCUGUUGGCAAAUGGCACGGCUGGAUCUCACCAAAUGUCUCUGGUUUUCAACGAGGAAGGUCUGAAAGAAUUGAAGGUGAACUCUGCUUUUAUAUUGCAGGAGUUUGUGAACCAUGGAGGAGUGAUUUUCAAAGUCUACGUAGCCGGUCAGCACAUUCAAUGUGUCAAGAGGAAAUCACUCCCGGAUAUUUCCGAUGAGAAAUUGGGUUCGCCGGUAAAUUUGUUAUCUUUUUCGCAGAUAUCGAAUGUCACUGCUCAAGAUCAGAGAGACGAAGGUGUUUCAAAGCUAAUGGAGAUUGCUGAGUUGCCCCCUUUGAGUUUUGUGAAUGAAGUUGCUAGUAAAAUGAGGCAGGCUUUGAAGUUGAAUCUUUUCAACUUUGAUAUGAUAAGGGAUGGCAGUGCUGGAGAUCAAUAUCUCGUGAUUGAUAUAAAUUACUUCCCAGGUUACGCGAAGAUGCCCUCUUACGAGACUAUUUUGACGGAUUUCUUCCUUGACAUUGUGCAGCACAAGCCGAGUGUGGUUUCUAAUGAUUCCGAGACAGUGUAA